AUGUCCGGCUUCGCCGAGGCCAACUCCAAGACCGCCCAGGGUUACGCCGAGCUCGAUGCCUCCUCCCUCGCCGUUGGCCUUCCUGAAGGUCUGAUGGGCAACAGUGAGGUCGGUCACCUGAAUAUUGGUGCCGGCCGUGUUGUCUGGCAAGACAGUGUUCGUAUUGACCAGACCCUCAAGAAGGGCGAGAUGGGCAAGGUGCCCAGCGUGGUCAAGGCUUUCACACGCGCUAAGGAGGGCAAUGGACGCCUGCACCUUUUGGGUUUGGUCUCAGAUGGUGGUGUGCACUCCAACAUCACUCACCUGUACGCCUUGCUCGAUGUCGCCAAGGAUAUGCAGAUUCCUGAAGUCUACAUCCACUUCUUCGCCGAUGGACGUGACACAGACCCCAAGAGCGCUGAUAAGUUCAUGCAGCAGCUGCUCAAGAAGACCCAGGAGAUUGGUACUGGUGCGAUUGCCACUGUUGUUGGCCGCUACUACAUCAUGGACCGUGACAAGCGCUGGGAGCGUGUUGAGGUUGGCUUGAAGGGUCUGGUCACUGGCGAGGGCGAGGACAGCUCGGACCCACUGCAGACCAUCAGAGAGCGCUACGAGAAGAACGAAAACGACGAGUUCCUCAAGCCCAUCAUCGUUGGUGGCAAGGAGCGCCGCGUCAAGGAUGAUGAUACUCUCUUCUUCUUCAACUACCGCUCUGACCGUGUCCGUGAAAUCACCCAGUUGCUGGGCGACUAUGACCGUUCCCCACGCCCCGACUUCCCCUACCCUAAGAACAUCUCCCUUACCACCAUGACCCAGUACAAGACCGACUACACCUUCGAUGUUGCUUUCCCCCCGCAACACAUGGGCAACGUUCUGGCUGAGUGGCUCGGCAAGAAGAACCUCAAGCAGUGCCACAUUGCUGAAACUGAGAAGUACGCCCAUGUCACAUUCUUCUUCAACGGUGGCAUCGAGAAGGAUUUCCCCGGCGAAGUGCGCGACAUGAUCCCUUCACCCAGAGUUGCUACGUAUGACCUUGACCCGAAGAUGAGCGCAGCUGCUGUCGGUACCAAGAUGUCUGAGCGUCUUGGCGAGAACAACUUCGACUUUGUCAUGAACAACUUCGCUCCUCCCGACAUGGUUGGCCACACUGGCGUUUACGAGGCCGCCAUUGAGGGUGUUGCUGCCACUGACAAGGCCAUUGGUGAGAUCUACGAGGCCUGCAAGAAGAACAACUACGUUUUGUUCAUCACCGCCGAUCACGGAAAUGCCGAGGAGAUGCUCAACGAGAAGGGCACUCCUAAGACCUCCCACACUCUCAACAAGGUUCCAUUUGUUAUGGCCAACGCUCCUGAGAGCUGGAGCCUCAAGAAGGGCGGUGUCUUGGGUGACGUUGCGCCUACUGUUCUGGCUGCUAUGGGCAUCGAGCAACCCGAGGAGAUGACUGGUGAGAACCUGCUCAUCAAGUCUUAG